CGCUCGAACAACCACACACCCAAGCCAUUCUUUACCCGCCAACUGCUGACCGUCGUUUGAUUGCCAUAACGUUUUCCGACCCUGCCAUUCUUUCAAAAAUCUAUUCCUGUCAUUUAUUCAUAUCUACGCGCUCCUGCCGCUACUUUUGCAAACCCAACCCCGCCCAACACUCUGGACGCUCCGACAGGCGAAUAACCCGAGAUCUCCAACUAAGAACAAGCCACUGCUUCACUGCAGGAUCGAUAUUCACAACAACCCAAUUAACGUUUCAGGACCCCUUUGCUGGGCACUGCUCCUCCACCUUCUCAAUUCAAGUGUGCCCACUUCCCUCCAACAACACUCACACUCCCUUUCGCUGUUGGUCAGAUCCAGUCAGCCUGGUCACACUGCCAACGUAAACAUGUCAGCCGAGCCUGUGAUAUCUACUGGGGAUGUGGAGCUACUGCUACACGCAACGUGCGUCAGGGGCGUACCUAAAUCUGGACCCGCACCUGCACCCCUUCAGGAGAGGACGAUUGACUUCAGAAUACUUGUCGAGCCUCCUCUUCUAUCAGCUACCAUCACGGAUCUUUGCAACGAGCCUCUUUUCUAUUCAGGAUACCUAUCAGAAGAAGAAACCAUGUCGUCGUCGUCUUCCGAUAACUCAAGUCUGUCGUCCAUCAGCACCGUUGCUGACGAGUUCCUCGACGAACUCGAAACAAACUUUCCGGAACUAUUGGCCGAGGACUGCACUUUCGUCGAACAAGCUCAAUGCAAUCAGGCUGAGGUCGUGACUCUUGUCUCGCCUGGCAAGGCAAGAGUAGUUCGCGUAUCCCGAGUCAACUUGAGUGCCUCAUCGUCGCCAAUCAUCAAACGUCCUGCAACCUCGUCAAGCCUGACACCUAGUGGUAGCUCAUCACGUCUGAGCAUUAUAUCAAUCCGAGCCCACAGCCAUGACGGCUCUGUUGCUUCUCCCAAGAUGGUCUCCCCCAAGAUGCCAUCAACACCGGAACUUGAGCCCGGAUCACAGACACCGGAAUCCAGCCACGGGCCCCCGACCCCAGGCUCUCCAGCCUCCGCAUACUUCGACGCCCUCACCAGCCCCACAUACGCAUGCCCACCCAAGCAUCGCAUGUCACGAAAUGGCUAUCACUUGAAGCUACCUGGCAUGACCAAGCAGCGUCCUGGCUCUUCCCAGUCGAUGAUGGCAGCGCCUCUUUCCGCCCCGCUCGUAGCACCCGCCUCAUUCUUCAAACCUAAGAUGAUGGCCCGCGGUGCUGGUGAGCGCAUGGCAUCUCUCGACCUGCCACCCUACCCUCGGGACUUCAUUCAACAGCCUCCCAAAAGCCGAUGGACCGUCCGCAAGGACUCCGUCAGUUCCAUAUCCUCAAAAGAGGUGCCCAGAUUCAGGCUCAAGCGGGCCGAAAGCGGCAUCCUGCCGACUUGGUGAUGAUCCUUCUACCACCAACUCAACUGAUUAAUGUUACUACGAAUAUUGCGCAUAUCAUGAACCAUUGGAAAAUUUAGCGUUGCUUUUUAUAGCUCUCGGGAUGGUUGUCUUCAAUACCAUAGUCUUCAGCUCUUGGAGAGAGUUCGGCUUUUGUACCUUUCUUUCAGCCCUCACAUACCUUACCCUUUGGCUUCGGGUCACUGCUGAUUUUUUGGCUUUCGAACGAUGGAAGGAGAUUUAUUCUUGUCAAGUAACUAGAGAAAAAACAAAC